UGCUUCCAAGUAGACCUCCCUUUUCGUUUCGAACAAUACAUACAAGCAGGGUAAGCUACACUCUAGUCAAUUGAUUCUACGUGCAAGAGCACCCUCUGCUCAUUGGUCUUGUCGACGCUAUACGAGCCUUUCCUCAAUCACAGUCGACACGGCACUCAUGACCAGCAAACGGGCUUGAUUGCCUCAAUACUUGUCCUCCGCUGCAAUGACAACCACAACUCAAUCACAGAAAGAACCGCCCUGGCACGCUGCGUUCCCGGUGCCACGAACAACAGAGCCGAAAUCAAUAUCACCUGAAGAUCUUCUCGGACGUCUGCAAGCGCGUGAGCGUGGCGGGAAGGACUUUCUGCUUGUUGAUCUACGGCGAAAUGAUCACGAGGGCGGUACGAUUCUCUCAUCAAUCAACAUCCCCGCGCAAACGCUGUACCCGAGUCUCGAGGCUUUGUAUGCGCUCGUCACAAAGGCAAAGGUACCCCUCGUGAUUUUUUAUUGCGGGUCAUCUGCAGGAAGAGGUACGCGAGCGGCAGGUUGGCUGGCGGAUGUGAUACAGGACAAGUCCACUUCCACUUCCACGUCCAUGUCCGAACAGGAGUCUGCUGGCGACUUCGUUGUUGAGAGUGUGAUUCUCAAGGGCGGGAUCAAGGGGUGGGUAAAAGGUGGUGAGUCGUAUACGGAGUGGAUGGACGGGUUUGAUGAAAAGGUCUGGAAGACGAACUCGUAGUUCACCUUCGGUAGUCGCUGCAUUCAGCGUCCACACAAAUUACCGUAUUUGGUGCCGUAACCUGCCUUGGUCUUGUUACAUGAAGCUGUACUGUGUGCUAUAUACUCGGCCUGACCCGUGUCCUGGGAUCACCUUGUGGCUGCA